AGGAAAGUCUGGAACAGAAAACUUCUCGUAAAAUAGAGGAGCGACUAAGCGUAGAAACAUUAAAACACAGCCUACCUGUGAGCGCUCUUUGUGAUGGGUACUUCAGAGGAUAAGGUCAAGCUCUUGAGCAAGGACCAAAUCGAAGCUCCAUUUCCCGAUGUUGAGGUGGAAGACGAAAAUACGGAGGAAGAUUCGAACCAUAUCUGGAGAUUCGUCUGCUAUGCCCUGGCGUACAUGGUGGUAGUCGGUGUCUUUUUGUCUGCGAUCACUUUUCAGAAUUCAAGUACCGACGAGCAAUCAUUUUCACGAGAUGCAGGUUUGUUAAUAAUUCUGUUUUUUUGAUUAACGAGAAAAAAUUGAAGCGGAAAGUUACGACUACCUUUCUAAUUCUGUUGAGUUGCUCGAUCACCUUCCAGCUUUUGCUCCUCGCUGCUGCAUCUUCAGAGGGGUUAGACCCUGUGCCAUUUCUAGUGUAUCGUUUUUCGAACUGAUACGAUUUGGGGAACGUUAUUUUGAAAAAAACCUUGUUAAAAAGAUUUGAAGUCGACUCGAUUCUUCAGUUCUGGGUUUCACAGACCAUCUGCUUCUCCGAUGGGUUCAUUUCGACUUUAUUCGAAGUACUUUAUUUAUUGCCUCAUUGCUUUUGAUGUGAUACCUAGUGGAUGCCUUUUCCAUGUCUAAAAUGGUUUUAAAUUCAUUUUUCUUUUAAAGUAGCCUGAGUUAAAUCGAAGGAACGUGGAUCAGCGGAACAACUUUUGAUCUUGAACCACAAAAGCUACUUCCAGCUUUACCGUUUGACGCAAUUAUUUGAUGAGAGCUAAAAAUAGGGCAAUUACUUAUAAGAAACGAUGAGACGUGACGAGCAUAGACCUGUAUGUAUGAUAAGAGGGAGUCUUUGCAGUUUAAACCUGAUGACAUGCAUAUGUUUGUAUUGCCUUUUAACAGCUGUUUAAUACUCACUUCUCUCCCCCCAUAUACACCCAACUACAGACCCAUUGCUUUAUGGCCAAUGUAUAGGUCUGGCUUUUAUGGGGUGAGAUCUAAAUCCUAGAUUUUAAAUUUUGGGACAUUAAAAUUGGGGUUACGGUAUUUUAGAAGUUAUUUAUAUUCUUUCAGGGUACAAAGCACGUGUCAGACAAAUUAGGCCUGGAGAACGCUUUGAUGACAGACUCAUGCAUGACAUGAGGAUGAGAGAGGAACAUCGUCAUGCCAAGAUGUUUCCUAUGUUUAAACCUCCACCUUUACCUGAAUCCUCAUAUGAUCCACCUUCAAGAUUUGAAAAGGCAAAAACAGGUAAAUAUUUAAGUCAACAGCAAUCAGACUACUUGAAGUCUCUAAAUUGAACCUUGAAUGCCCUUGUUUUAAAUUAAGUUUUUCAUCAACAUGAUGUGCUCCUCAUCAGCUUGGGUGGAAAAUUUAUUUCCUACUGCUGCUUCUCUGUGUGAGUUACUGUAAAUUGAAUACUUUUGGUUUCUUGGUGGCCAUUUAGAUUUAAAAGGCAACAGUUUAAAAGGUACAGUUGCUCUGCCUAAUUUUUUCAUGAAAUCUAAACAAACACAGUUAUUUUGUCAAAAUUAGUCAAAGUAGAGCUAUAAGUAGGGUUGCAUUUUAUUGUUAAGUUUUUUAAAUAUUUUUCUCCAUUUCCUGAUAUGUAGCAAGAUACAUUGUGCACAACAGUGACUGGGGAUCAAUAUCAACCAUUUCUGUUUCAAUGGUUGGAGUGCCUUUUGGAAUGGCAAUUUCCUUUAGUGAUGGCACUGUCACUAACAGCACAGGGGUACCAUACUUCUAUGUGGCAAAGUUUGACCCAAUAGUGAAAAACAUUGAGGCCAACAACCUAUCCACCUUGGCACUGUCGGAGGCACAGAGUGAUUACUGCAAAGUUCAUAAAUGGGAUCCUGAAGAUCCUCUUUGCUCCAGAGUGACUCUUAUUGGAAAGGUAGUCUGUCAUCUCUUUUACAUCCAGUACUGGUAAUCAAUGCAUAAGUUCUCCUCAAAAUUUAAGCAUAUUAUCCAGGGAAGAGGUGAUAAGAAUAAAGUUAUCUAUCAGGAAAAUGGUGUUGUCUUGAUAAAACACCAAAUUCUCUGAACUGAAUCACAGGGAACUGAAUUACAAGGAAAAAUAUAUCUGCAAUAAGAGAGAGUUUCUAAUCAGUUUUUCAGUCAGAGGUAGCAGGCUAUUUCCAAAGGUAUCCAGGAUGGUGGCUAUAAGACAAAAGGUGUCCAAAAUGUUUCAUCCAAUUCAAACCUGAGACAGAUUUUGAAAUCAUUGCAGCUUGUCCAUGUUGGUCCUGAGGAAGAAAAGUUUGCACUAAAUGCCAUCUUUGCUAGACAUCCUGUGAUGAAAACAUGGCCUAAAGAUCAUGGUGAGUUCCCAAAUAUAUAUGGGUCCCAGUUUUUUAUUUUUACCACAUUUUGACAUCAUCUGUAAUCUUUUACUGAACAAAUGCACAGCAAUAGAAUCUGUUUCUUGAACUGAAUAUUUUUCCUCCAGGUUGGCAAACACUGAAGCUUGUAAUCACAGAUGUGUGGCUUGUCGAUUUCUAUGGGGGCGCCACUAUGGUGCCUGUAAAAGAUUACUUUAAGGCUGAGUUGUAAAUGAACUCAAUCUUUAGAGCAGGAUUUCUAAAGCUAAAUAUGUUGAAAAUCCACUUAUGAAAAGAGUCAGUUACUCUUAAUAUUAUUAGAAUAAUGAUUGAGGAAGUGGCACAGUGUUAGGAAUGCUUGCCCCUUCCUGUGUGGCCCACUUAGCUCCUGGCUCGGUGUUUCUUGUGGGUUUAGCUUUUCCUGUUUUUUUCUUACCCUCAAUGAGAUUUCAUCAAUUUUUUUUAAUUUUACUAUGCCAUUGUGGCCUGCAAGCAGGCACAAGGCACUAUGGGAGAGAUUUGCCAUAAAAAAAAGUGAACUGGAGCUUAUGCUAUAGUACUUACACAAGCUUUCAUUUAUGAAAUUGAAACUUACAGCUCAAACCAUGGUUCAUGGGAAGCAUUUAUCUCAUGAUACUGGAUAAUCAUUAGAUUUAUACAUGUAGGUGGGUUUUGAUGCUUUUUAACCACAAUGCAGACUGUAGAAUUGUACUUGUAAUUCAACUUUAAUAUAUUAGGUUUUCUCUAUGCAGGACAGAAAAGUUUAUCAUAGGGAAAAGUGUUUGUAAUGAAAAUUUAAAAUAAAGUUUCUGAAUUUUAAUAG